UAUCUCUGGGUGCACCGCUUCACAAACAUACAUUUCCCCACAGCUUCAAAUGAACACGAGUCCAUCUGCUUCAUCAGAACUAUUUAUUUCAUAAUAAAAACUUGACCAAAACAUCAAACAGAAAAGCGAGGGGCUUUAACCAGCUCAUUGAGAGACUAUGGAGAGCUCAUUCAUAUUUUUACUGGCAGUUACUUUCUUCUGUCCUGUUCAAACAGGUGUUUUGACUUGUGAACCACGGCAGUAUCAGUGUGGCAAUGGAAAGUGUAUCACAUCGAGAUGGGUGUGUGAUGAAACUGAUGACUGUGGUGAUGGCACUGAUGAACUUCCUGCUGCCUGCUUGGCCAAGACCUGUAGACCCAGUGAAUUCAGCUGUGGUGGGCGACUAAACCAGUGUGUGCCAAAGAGCUGGAAGUGUGAUGGCAAGGCGGACUGUGAGAACGGUGCGGAUGAGGAAGGCUGUGAACCUCGCCGGUGUCCGGAUGGCGAGUUCCGCUGCGGCAGCGGUCAGUGUGUGAGUGCUGCAUUUGUGUGUGAUGAUGAGAGAGACUGCGAUGACGGCAGUGAUGAAGUCUCCUGUCCACCCACCACGUGUGGCUCCGGCUCCUUCAGGUGCAACAACGCACAGUGUGUGCCUCGACUGUGGGUCUGUGAUGGAGAUGCCGACUGUGUCGAUGGCUCAGACGAAUUGCCUCAGAAAUGCAGUAAAGGAACGCCUAAACCUACCAAAAACCCCUGCUCCUCUAUGGAAUUCCAUUGCGGCAGUGGGGAAUGCAUACACAGUAGCUGGAAAUGCGAUGGGGGAGAAGAUUGUUUGGAUCGCUCCGAUGAGAAAAACUGCUCCUUGCCCACAUGCCGACCGGAUGAGUUCCAAUGUGGUGACGGAUCUUGCAUCCAUGGCAGCCGGCAGUGCAACCACGUAUAUGACUGCAAAGAUUCGAGUGAUGAGCUGGGCUGUGUUAAUGCAACCCAUUGUGAGCCACCACACAGGUUUAAGUGCCGCAGUGGUGAAUGCAUCAGCAUGGAAAAAGUUUGCAACAAGCAAAGGGACUGUAGGGAUUGGUCUGACGAGCCAUUACGAGAAUGUGAUUCUAAUGAGUGUCUUUACAACAACGGGGGUUGCUCUCAUAUAUGUAAUGACCUAAAGAUUGGUUACGAGUGCCUCUGUCCCACUGGCUUCCGGUUGGUGGACAAGAGACGUUGUGAAGACAUUGAUGAGUGCGCCAACCCAGACACCUGCAGCCAAAUCUGCGUCAACCUGAUGGGUAGUUACAAGUGUGAGUGCGAGGAUGGCUACCAGAUGGACCCAGCCAGCAAGGCUUGCAAAGCUAUUGGAACAAUCGCCUACAUAUUUUUCACCAAUCGCCAUGAGGUCAGGAAGAUGACUCUGGAUCGUAGCGAGUAUUCACGUGUUAUUCCCCGCCUGAAGAACGUUGUGGCACUGGAUAUGAAUGUUGCUUCCAGGGAGAUCUACUGGUCAGAUUUAUCCCUCAAAAAGAUAUACAGAGCACCAAUGGAUACAGCAGAUAACUCCUCCCAACACAGUGUUGUGAUUGGCAGUGACUUAGAUGCACCUGAAGGUAUCGCUGUCGACUGGAUCCACGGGAACAUCUACUGGACAGACAGCAUCAAAGGUGCCAUCUCUGUGGCAACAGCGGAUGGAAGCAGACGCAAGACUCUCUUCAAAGAAAACCUGGCAAAGCCACGUGCUAUUGUGGUCGACCCUAUUAAGAACUUCAUGUUCUGGACUGAUUGGGGCACACCAGCUAAGAUCGAGAGAGGUGGUCUUAAUGGAGGGGACCGCUAUGCCCUAGUUACAGAUAACAUUGUCUGGCCCAAUGGAAUAACCCUUGACCUUUUGACCCAGCGUCUGUACUGGGUCGACUCCAAACUACACACUCUCUCCAGCAUCAGCGUGCAGGGAGAUGGUCGGCGUACUCUGAUCAUUGACCAGGGCAAACUUGCCCACCCUCUGGGUCUCACUGUUUUUGAGGAGAAAGUGUUUUGGACAGAUGUGAGCAAUAACGCAAUUCUAAGUGCAAAUCGUGUGACUGGAAGAGACAUCACGAAAGUGGCCGAACACCUCUCGUCCCCAGAGGACAUUGUCUUGUACCACAACCUCAAGCAACCGACUGGAAUCAACUGGUGCAGGGUCAGCAACGGUGGCUGUGAAUUCCUGUGCCUGGCUGCCCCGCAAAUCAAUAGAUUCUCACCCAAAUACACUUGUGCCUGCCCAGACAACAUGAUGUUGGCCAGAGACAUGCGGAAGUGUGUUCAAGCUGUAGUCACACCAGAACCUCCUGUCAAGCCCGAAAUAGUUACAACUAGUCAUCCUAAAGUACAUUCAAAGACAACACCAAAUUCUGCUCCUGCGAUCUCUAACCGACCCACUCAACCUGCUCCAAUCAAGCCAUCCCAAACCUCAACUAAACUUCCUUUAUCCACCCAGACAGAUGACCACUACAGUAAUGUUAAAGCUGUGUCUCAAUCAUCAUCUUCCACACUAUUGGCCCUGUACAUUUUGCUUCCUCUUGCAAUCCUGUGUUUGGUUGUGGGUGGUGCUGUGCUGUUCUGGAGAAAGUGGCAUCAGAAAAAUACCAACAGCAUCCACUUUGACAACCCAGUUUAUCAAAAGACCACAGAGGACCAGGUGCAUCUAUGCAGAAACGGUAGUUCUGAUGGCUAUUUUUACCCACAGAGACAGGUUGUGAGUAUUGAUGAUGAAAUAUGAUUAUGACAUUGAAGUCCAUGCCAAAACUGAUGUUUCAAGACGAGCCAUAUUUGAUGUCUGUCCUACUUGGAGGUCAGUUCUACAGUAAAACAACAUCUGAGGAACAGUGGAGAUACAAACUGUCUUUUCACACAAGGCAUCUGAUGCAAAAAAAGCAAAACAAUCCAGAGCAGACGGUUUACAGCAGACGCAAGAAAAAAAAAAUGAAAACAAAGAAACCUCAGACAACAACAACCUCAGCUAUCAAGGCUGCUUUCACUUUAUAUAAAUUAUGCAAUUAUGAAUAUAGAUAUAUUUUAAUAGCACUUAAAAUUAAAAAUCAACAUUUUAUUCUCAUGAGAUGUCCAUGAUAAGUUAUUAUUGUACUAAUAUUGUAUGUAUUUUAGUACAUUUUAAAGAGUUGAAAAUGAAUUCUAUGCAGAUUUUGAGAUUUUUAGAAGUUAAUUUGCUGUCAUGAGCUGUGCAAAGUUGGUUUUCCUGAUGUUAUAUGCCGUUGUUUACACCAUUUUCAGUCAUCAAGUUCUUUUUUUGUGCCAAAAUGGUCAAUGUUACUUCUGAAGCUGGAAGUUCACGAUAAAAAGACUUUGUCCAACUGCAGCUCAAUAUCUAGCUGCUUUCUCAUAUGCAGUACUGAUACUGAAGUUACUUUUCUUUCACUAUUAUAAAGUUCCUCAUUAUAUGAGCCAGUGAUUCCAGUGAUUUUUCUAUGACUUUGCUGCAGUGAAAAUGCGGAUGAUUCAUGCCAGAUACUAUUCAAGGAGUCAGAAAAUGUCCUUCAUUUUUAUUACAAACAUGUUGUGAUCAAGGUGAUGUGUCAAUUGUUUUACAUUCUCAAUGUCAGUGUGUAAAUAAUGUAUGUAAAUAUGUUUAUUAUUGCAUUUGUAUUUUUAAGUAUGCAGUAUUGUAUAUAAAGAAACUUUUUAUUUAUUUUUUUGAAUCUAACUCUUUGGGUGAUAAUUGGCUUUCACUGCUGUGUACUAUGUCAGCUGUUCAUUUGUAAAGAAUUUAUGAUAUGUUUCUGUACAUUCUGAUUGAUUAAUUAAUCUAGUGAUGCAUUUCCCAAUCAUGGCUUCCCAAUAAUCCCCAUCCACUUGAUUGGCUCUAUCUCUCUCUCCUCUCCACCUGUAGCUGGUGUGUGGUGAGCGCACUGGCGCCGUUGUCCUGUGGCUGCCGUCGCAUCAUCCAAGUGGAUGCUUCACACUGGUGGUGGUUGAGGAGAGACCCCCCCCACAUGAUUGUAAAGCGCUUUGGGUGUAUUGCAAUACACAUUAAAAGCGCUAUAUAAAUGCCUCAUUCAUUCAUUCAUUUUCUGAGAAGCCAAUCAUGAUUGUUCUUGACCUGUGUGUAAACCUAACUUGAAAUAAACCAUUUAAAGAUUUCACUUGA